AUGCAGUACGCAUACCGAACAAGUUUUAGACCUCGGUACACAGUUGCGUAUAAGACAGUGACAGAGCUGGAAUGGAGAUGUUGUCCCGGGUACAAAGGGGAAGACUGCAGAGAAGGCCCAGCAGAAAAGCCAAACACUGCUCGUCGUCCUACAACACCAGCGAAAGCUGUGGUGAAGAAAGGCUUGGAUGCAGAACCAACAGAAGUGCCAGAACCUCCACCAUAUGAGAAGAAAUUGCAGUUUCUUGAGGACGAAUUGUUUAGACUUACACGAUCAGUGCUUGAACUUCAGUCCUCUGUGGCAGGUGUGAAUGAAAAUCUGAAGUUGACUGUCCAAGAAGAUGCUAGUAAGAUGUUGGUCACGUGGCUGAACAACCUUUAUGACCGCCCAGAGCCUGAUAGUGCAGUUGGUGGUGAAACAGACACUAUUCAUCUGCCUGGACUCUUCAGCAAUAAAGAUCAAAAAGACCCUUUUAUUGAUUUUGAAAUGGAAGACAUAAAAUCUGAGCUAGCUGAGGUCAAAGAAGCCUUGAAGAUGAAGAAUGAUAAGCUGGAGGAACUGAAUGGAAAAGUAAAAGGCUAUGAAGGACAAUUAAAACAACUGCAGGAGGCAGCACAAGGACCUACAAUAACAAUGCCCAGCAACAAUAUAUAUCAGGAGUAUAUAGACUCAAAAUUUGAGUCCCUCAGACAGGAAAUACUGGAAGGAUUUGAAAAGAAGAUGGCGGAUCUGAAGAACUCCUGUGAAUACAAACUACAGGAUAUCCAGCAGCAGUGUGAUGACAAUGAAAAUAACUGUUUAGGAAUAAUUGAUGUUAUAAGAGGAAAAGAGAAUGACUUGAGGAAAGAAAUAAAUACUCUCCGAACUCAGAUUCUGUCAAACAAGUCCAGUUGUUGCAGGGAGGGUGAGAGAAAUGACUUUGAACAGCAGAUAAAAGAUUUAGAUAAGAAGAUUGACAGAGUUGCGGAAGCACACAGGAUCUUGAACGUCAGAAUAGAUAAUGAAAUCAGUCGAUUGUCAACUCCAGAUCUAGAAGACGUGCUGGGUGAGAGGCUGGAGGAGCUAGAUGCGAGGAUGAAUGUUACAGAACGAAAUGCUGAAGAACAUUGCUUUUACGUUGAGGAGACUCUCCGCGGUGCGAUAGCUGCUGAGGUGGAUGAAUUGAGAGACUUGUUUGACCAAAAGCUGCGGGCGCUGGAAGAUAGGCUUGGUGGCACUAUUUUAGAGAUCGCUAAUACCACAGACCCGGAUGGAAUGUAUAUUAAUCCUGGACCCAUCUUGCCCAGCGACGCAGGAUUUGCAAAUGAGCAUUUUACAGCAGAGAUUAAUUUCCUGAAGAGCAAACUGCUGUCACUUGAACACCUCUGUGGGCAGAAAUGUCAGUCUGCACCACAAGGAAUGGAGGAACUUCAGAAAGAGCUAGAAAAUUGUAACAACAAAUACAAUCACUUGCUUUUGAAGGCAGAGAACAACUCUGUUCUCCUGCAGUCUCUAAAUAGCUCUCUUAACGAGGAACUCAACUUAAUUAAGGGCAACCAACGUGACAUCCAGAAAAUGCAGAGAGACGUACGUGUUUUCCGGUAUAGUCUAAAUGUCAUGGAUAAAGAUAUGAAAAAUCUUCAAGAUGGCUUGAGCAGCUGUAGGGAGCAGCUUCUGGGUGUCAAUUCUACCUGUAGAAAAACACAACGAGGUGUCUUCCGAAAAAUCGAUCAAAUGCAGAGGACAUUUGCAAAUCAAACUGCUCAUCCCAGUGACAAUUGCUGUGGUGAAAUGAAAGAGAGACUAGAACAAUUGAACGACCAUAUCCUGAAUGAUCUUACCAAGUGCAAAGAAAAGACCCAGGGUGUCCAGGACGGUGUUUCGGAUGUUGAGAGCAGAGUCUCACGUGUUGAAAAAGUUUGCGGCAAGCUAGACUCUGUCUCGGGUAGCUUGCAGAAGAUAAAAGAAGGUCUGAAUAAGCAUGUGAGCAGCUUAUGGAACUGCAUCCGUGAAAUGAAUGGAACUAUAGCAUCUCAUUCCACUGAUAUUUCUGGCCUGAAAAAUUCUGUCCAACAGUUUUAUAGUCAGGUCUCCAAAAUCACCACGGACAUUGAAGGCGUGCUGAAAUCUCAGUCUGACACAAGGCGAUCAGAAGUACCACGGCAGCCGUUGCCACCCAGACCACCCCUGCGGCCUCCUGGCACUGUUUUAAUGUCAGGAAGAGGGCGGCUUCGAAGCGUGGAUGGUCAGGCUGGUCAGAGUACCAUGCCCAUUGCGGAAGGGUAUGCUGGAGCACCAGGAUAUCCAAAGUUAUCUCCUCCUACCACAGACACGCAAGGACCUGCUGCUGCUGCGGCCUCUCUGGUGUCAUUUUCUGCUGGGCUCACGCAGAAGCCUUUCUCUAGUGAUGUCGGCGUGGUUCACUUUAACAAAGUGCUUGUGAAUGACGGGGACUAUUAUAACCCCAAUACAGGCAUUUUCACAUCACCGUAUGAAGGGCGCUACCUGAUCACUGCUGUGCUGGCGCCGGAGAGGGACGAGUACGUAGAAGCGGUGCUGUCCGUCUCCAAUGCAAGUGUGGCUCAGCUCCACACAGCUGGGUACAGGAGGGAACUGCUGGAGUACCACAAACCUUAUUCGGGGAAACAGACCUGUGGUGGUCCUGGGACUUUCCACCUUGUUCUUCACCUCAAAGCAGGAGAUGAAGUAAACGUCGUCGUAACAGGAGGCAAACUGGCCUACACAGACUCUGAUGAAAUGUACUCCACGUUUAGUGGAGUUCUCCUUUAUCCUUCCAUUUCUCAUGUUUAGGUUUACUUUAAACAGGAGAGAAGGGUAAGAUAUUCAGAAGAAAUUAAGUGUAAUAAAAUUCAAAGCUUUAAUAUAUUC